AUGUUAACUUCAAUUCAAAGUAAUCCGAAUACAACAGAACAUAAUGAAUUUAAUAUAGAAUCUAUUCCAUAUAGAACAUUUCAACAGUAUACUAUUCAAUCGAAUAAUUUAAACAAAUCAACCUUAAAUCAUCAUCCUCCUCCUCAUCCUCCUCAUUAUCAUCCUCCUCCUCUUCAUCCUCAUCCUCAGACUGAUAUUGAUAAUUGUACAUUAAAAUCUAAUUCAUAUUAUACAAAUCAUUCACUUGAUCAACAAUAUAAUAAUCAAUGUAUAGAUUUACAUAAAACUAUGCAGAAUGGAUAUAAUCGAAUGGAUUUUCAUAAGAAACAAUUAAAUACAAAUACUACUACUAACAAUACUACUCAUAAUACUACUACUACUAUUACAAAUACUACUAAUAAUAGCAAUAAUAAUGUUUCUAGUUCAUUACGGACACCUAAUUUGAUUACAUCAUCAUCAUUAUCAUCAUCAUUAUCAAUAACAAAUCGAAUAGAUCCUAAAUUAAUACAACAGAAUCGUAUUCAUUUAGAUCAUCUAAUUUAUCAAAGUAAAUUAUUAUUCAUAUGGAAUCUAUUCAUUACAAUAAUAAUAAUUAGUUUAGGAAUUAGUUUCUAUUAUCAUUAUUAUUAUCAAUUUUAUCAAAAAUUACAAUUUAUUGAAAAUCAAUUAAUCAAUAAAUUGGAAUAUAUUGAUCAAAUCAAUAAUACGGAUAAUAAUAAUGAUCAUUUAGAUCCAAGUUUAUUAUUGAUUUCUAAUCAUGAAAUGGAUGGUGAUCAUAAGAAGGAUCGUAAUAAUAAUGAUCUGUAUUCAGAAAAAAAAUCUAUUUUAUUGAAAAGUAUACAGAGUAAUAGAUUAUGGCCUUCAGUGAAUAUUGAUAUGUUCCGGGAUAUUUGUCGUGGUCUUUCAAUAGAUUGUAAUGAAAUGAAAUUUUAUGAAGGUAAACCUGGACCUCCAGGACCCCCUGGUGAACCAGGGAAACCGGGACCACCUGGACCACAAGGGCCUAUUGGACCACCUGGACCACCAGGUCAACCCGGUACGCCAGGUGAACGAGGACCUCAAGAUCGUUCUAUUUACUUUGAUAUUGUGCUUCUUUUUCCUCAAAAACAACACACAGGUGAAAUGGGACCUCAAGGACCACCUGGUCUACGUGGAUUAAUUGGUCUUCAAGGUCCAAAAGGUCCUCCUGGUCCAAUUGGACCACCUGGAAAAGAUUCUUCACCUCAUACAUGUAAUGUAUUAUGUGAAAAAGAAAGUUAUCGAUAUGGUAAAGAAGAAUCAGCUUGUGAAGUGAAAUGUACAAAUUACAUUAAACGUAAAGAAGAAUCAACUUGA